AUGUCGAGUGCUGGCAAAAUCGUUGUGGGAGUGGGAGUGAUUGUGGGCGCGGCGUUCGCGCUGGUGUGUAUACUCAACAUCGGACUCUACGGCGGGGCGAUGGACCUCGAAGGCGGCUACUGCCAGGGACCGACCCGAGAGCGAGUCGGGGCAAUGGGCAUCGUGGCCGGGCUGCUCGGGUUCAUCAUCUCGUUGGUCACCAUCGCAGCGCUCCUCCUCCCGCUCUUCUCUGCCGCCGCCGCGGAGCCGAUGGCCUCGCUGCUGGUCAAGCUGCUUUUGCUGAUCUGCAUCUUCAUAGUCAUCCUCUUCUACCUCGCCGCGUGGGCGCUCAUGGCCAAGGACAUCCACGACUUCAACCGCUACGCAAACUGCGAUCACCCGCCCCAUGUGUGGAGCGCUGCGCUGGCCUUCGGCCUCUUCGGAAACAUCCUCGCUAUCCUCCUCUUCGCCGUCGUCGCCGUCGCCCUGGUCGUCGACCGCUCCGCUAGCGAUGCCAACCGCGGAGGCUCGCGCAGCAAGUCCUCCGGAGGCGACAAUCCGGCCCAGACCGAGUACUCGUGA